GUCUGUUUUGACAAAGCUCCAUAUUACACAGUCACCAAAAAUGUUGUCAGCAUUUAAGAGCCUGAACUUGAGUCGCGCGGCAGCGAACUUUUUCUCUUCCCGGGCACGAAAAACGUCGACUCUAUGCAGCGAGAGAAGGGGACUGUGUGUAAACCCAGACAGAAAGUACUCUGGGAAACGCUUCAAUGUGCCGCCGAGCGCCGAGUUUGUUGCGCGGGUGUCAGGGAUCCCCACCAUGGCCAAAUUACCCUUCCAGGACUCGGCCGCAGGGCUGGACGCGGCGUUUAUUGGAGUUCCGAUUGACACCGGAACCUCAAACCGACCCGGUGCAAGGUUUGGCCCUCGCCAGAUCAGAGUAGAGUCUGCCUUGCUGAGGGCGUACAACAGCGGCACCAGGGCAGCACCCUAUGAGUCUCUGAUGGUUGCUGAUAUUGGGGAUGUAAAUGUGAAUGUGUACGAUCUAAAGGACACCUGCAGACGGAUCAGGGAAGCCUACAGAAAGAUCCUGGCCACCGGCUGUAUCCCACUUACUAUGGGUGGGGAUCAUACAAUUGCAUACCCAAUACUGCAAGCUGUUGCUGAGAAGCAUGGCCCAGUGGGUUUGGUCCACGUGGACGCUCAUGCUGACACCAGUGAUGUGGUGCUGGGAGAGAAGAUCGGCCACGGGACUCCGUUCAGACGCUGCGUGGAGGAGGGGCUUCUGGACUGCAAGAGAGUGGUUCAGAUUGGCCUGCGGGGUUCAGGGUACUCUCCAGACUCGUAUGAAUGGAGCCGUGCACAGGGUUUCCGUGUGGUCCAGGUGGAAGAGUGCUGGUUCAAAUCUCUUGCACCUCUGAUGUCUGAAGUCAGGGCGCAGAUGGGCAGCGGGCCAGUCUACCUGAGUUUUGACAUUGAUGCUCUUGACCCGGGCUUUGCUCCUGGAACAGGCACACCAGAGAUAGCAGGACUCACUCCCAUACAGGGUGUUGAGAUUAUUCGGGGCUGUCGUGGUCUGAACCUUAUAGGAUGUGACCUAGUGGAGGUGUCUCCACCCUAUGACACCACAGGAAACACAGCACUGACUGGAGCCAACCUUCUCUUUGAAAUGUUAUGUGUUCUCCCAAAAGUGAAGUAUCACUGAUCUGGUCAGACAGAGAACUACACGGAGUUUUAAGGAAAAAAACAAAACAAAGCCAAACAAAAGAAUAAUCAGAUAUCCGACUACCACCAAACAGUCUCUUGAAGUAUUUCUUUGGACUUCUAAAGAAGCCAAAUUUUGUGUUUUAAUCUGUUAGCAUGAAGCAUUUGAUUACAGCCAAAAAUCACAUACAGAUGCUCGGUUGCAGACGGGGGAUACUCAGAUAGUUUUAAUAAAACUUAGUAAUAUAUUCAUGUUUUUUAACUGACCCUUUAAAUUACUGCUGACAUGUUGACAAAUGAAUAAAUCAAGCACAUGCUCAUCUUGAA